GAAAAAAGUCAUAUCGGCGCCAUUUUUGCCGUCUUUUUUCUCUCUGUUCUGUGUGUCACGCUGUUGUUCGUUGCCAUUCCUAUUUCUUUUCCUGUCCUCUUAAUUCCAUUAAUAAUCCAUUCACUUUCCGUUUUCCUAUGCUCCCCUUUCGCCUCUUAUCCAUAUUAAUAAUUUUAUCCAUUUGUUCUUAAUACACUUCUAACUAUACUGUGUUAAUUCUACUUCAACCCUUCUAACAAAAAAAAAAAUAAGCCUCCUAAUCAUACAUAAUUUAGAAUUUUUGUGCUUAAUUGAGCUGAAUUAGAAGUGGGGUUUUGAUAAAGUUUGACACUUUCUUGAUACUGGUCACUAAUUGACCCUUCUUGUAAGUGAAAGGUGAUAAUAAAAAAGGUAUCUUUUGGGGUUCUUGCUAUUAAAAAAUUGAAAAGGGGUACAGUUUUGAUAGAUCUGCUCUUUAUGUUUUAAUGCCCCUUUUAAUAUUUGCAAUAUCUGAAGUUGCCUUUCUGUGUUAGAAAGGGAACAAAAUGGUAGUGGGUAUUUCUCUUUGCAGUUAUUAUUAUUAUCCAAGAACUGUAAGUUUGUGAUAAUUCCUAGAGGAAUUGUUUGAAGAGCUGUUCUGUUAUGCAUGAUCUUUCAAGGGUUGUUGAAAAGUUCAUAGCUUUUUGACUCUGAUAGAUUUCUUUGGUGGAUUGGAUAUUGACUGCUUUGGGAGUUGAAGUGGAUUGUGGUUAGCAGUCUGUUUAUUGGAUUUUUUUUACCUCUUUUGUUGGUAACGUGGUCAGUGGGAUUCAUAUAGCCGAUCCCGACUUGUUUGGGACUGAGGCGUAGUAGUUGUUAUUGUUGUUCGUUUGUAUGUUAAUGGGGUGAAGUGAUUGGAUUGAGUGGAGGAUUGGUUGGUAGAAUUUGAAGAUUUUCAAGAAGGAUAUUAAUACGGAUCGGAACACAGAAAAUAGGGUGUUUGAUUAUUUUGUUGUUCUGGAGUGCUUACUGAAUAUAGUCCGGGGACUCGGGAUGGGUUCCUGCUUAUCAUCUGAAAGCAGGAGCCCUCAUCCCGGUUCUCCUGCAUCUUCAAGUAGGAAAAGGAAGAGCUCAAAAAAGAGGUUAGGUUCACGAAAUUCUUCCUUCGACUAUCAUAAGGAAGAACUGCUGCAUAGGAUACCGGGGCGUAUGUUCUUGAAUGGUUCUAGUGAGGUGGCUUCACUCUUCAGUCAGCAGGGCAACAAAGGCACUAAUCAAGAUGCUAUGAUUGUUUGGGAGAAUUUUGGUUCCAGAACAGAUACUGUUUUCUGUGGUGUUUUUGACGGCCAUGGUCCUUACGGUCAUAUGGUUGCAAAGCGAGUCAGAGAUGCUCUUCCUUUAAAGCUAAGCACACACUGGGAAGUUAAUAUAAAAAGUGAGGAUGUUCUAAGAGAGAUCAGUCUCAACAGAGGGAGUAGCCUAUAUCCUGAGGAUGCUUCCCUUAUCUCUGAGGAGUCGAGAGUUUCAAUUGAUGUUGAAGAUACUGAAAAGCACACAGAGGUGUUUCAAACGUUGAAGGAGUCAUUUCUGAAGGCUUAUAAGGUUAUGGAUAGAGAGUUGAGAAGCUAUACCAAUAUCGAUUGCCUCUGUAGUGGAACAACAGCAGUAACCCUAGUUAAACAGGGUAAGGAUCUUGUUAUUGGAAAUAUUGGGGAUUCUAGAGCUGUGCUGUGUACGAGAGGCGACGAUGAUUCUCUCACUGCAGUGCAAUUGACAGUAGAUCUUAAGCCCAAUUUACCAGCGGAGGCUGAGAGGAUUCGCAAAUGUAAAGGGCGAGUGUUUUCUCUUCAUGAUGAACCGGACGUUGCAAGAGUGUGGAUGCCAAACAGCAACUCUCCUGGACUUGCCAUGGCCCGUGCUUUUGGAGAUUUUUGCCUCAAGGAUUUUGGUGUCAUCUCCGUGCCUGAAAUUUCUUAUAGGCGUUUAUCUGAGAAAGAUGAAUUCAUCAUUCUGGCGACAGAUGGGAUUUGGGACGUGCUUUCAAAUGAUGAAGUAGUGAAGAUUGUAGCUUCGGCUUCAUCCCGUUCAUUGGCAGCUCGAUCACUUGUUGAAGUAGCUGUUCGAGCCUGGAAAACUACAUAUCCAACUUCUAAAGUCGAUGACUGUGCAGUUGUCUGUCUCUUCCUAGAUUCAAACUCAAAUAAUUUCUCUACUGUUUCCAUUACAAAAGACAAUGACAAGACUGUAAUGGGAAUGAGCGAAGGUGGCAACGAGAUGGAUGCUGCACCUAGUCCACCUGCAUUGAAUCGCGUUGGUACUGUUCGAGAAGAUGAAGUUUCAGCAGGCAGCAAAGAGGAAGCCUCGGAACAGGAAGAGUUGCUACCGAAGAUGGGGAAAGAAUGGUCUGCGCUCGAAGGGGUAUCUCGGGUGAACACAGUGAUGACAUUACCAAGGUUUGUGCCAGACAAAGAAGAGAAGAAAGCUUCUGGAGGAUCAAAGUCAAAGAAGAAAUAGAGAGUAAAAUGGUGAAGUGCCUGAGCCUGGGUUUAUUUCUGUCCUAUUUUCCAUUUUGUUUAGUUGUUAUAAUCUGUUUUUUAUUGUCUCAUUUAUAAACUGAGAGGUAAGGUGAAAAAAGAAAAAUAGGGUCAUUUCAUGUUGUUCUGGGCUAUAUUAGAGUGUCUGGGGAGUCAUUCUUUCUCUCUCAAGUGUAUGUAGAAUCAGAAAUUUUGUACAUCCAACUCGCGGUCUUCUAAAUUUUUGGAUACUAGCUAUUUGUUCUUUUGUUCUUUUC